UAUAGGAAAUAGAAUUAUCAACCACAAAAUUUGAUACGUCAAAACCAAUGAUAAUUCUUAGUAUAUGACUUCCAAGUUCCACCAACUAUAAAUAGCAUAUAUUUUUCAUUUAUGACAUUAUCACAUAAGUCAUACACAAAGAAAAUAGUAUAUGUGUGUGACUGACUAUUAAUACAACAAAAGUGAGCUAAUGUUCUUGUGAGUGACUAAGUAAGAAAAUAUGAUGAAGGGAAGAGAAUGUCAUUCUUCAUUGAAGGGAGGAAGAACUAACAGUCCCUACACACAUGGUUUUUCUUCGUCUCAAAUUCAAACUAUUGCUUCCUUUUGUGAAACUCUUAUUCCACCAAUCCCAUCAUGCAGUAAUAACAAGGCUGUUGAUUCCUUUUUUGCUUCUAGUGGCUCCCAGCCUCCAUAUCCUAAUGAGGUUGCAGAGCAAUUGGUGAAGAGGAACAAGCCUGAGGCAUUGUUCAUAAUAAGGAUAAUUGUGUUUUUAUUAUCAACAAGAUUAGGGACUCUUUUGCUUUGUGGUAGAGUUUGCUUGGAUAAGAGAUGGCCUUUUGUUCACAACUUCACUGAAUUAUCCUUAAAGGAUAGAGAAACUCUUCUGCAAAGAUGGUCUAGACAAACUUUUCUCAUUCCAUUGAGGAUUACUUUCUUGUUGAUCAAAGUUGCCUGUUUCUUCAUCUUCUUCACUUGGACUGAUGAAAAAAGCAAGAAUCCAGCAUGGGAAGCCAUUGGAUAUCAUCAUCCAGAGACAACAGAGGCCCCGUCUGAAAACAAGAAAGAAAGACCACUUGAAAAGGGGAUUGUGGAAACAAUAAAUGAGAGUGAUGAAACUCUGGAAAAAUCCUUAUCCAAGAAAGGCCUACCUCUAACUGAGGAUACAAAAGAUAACAUCUUAAAAAUUAAAUGUGAUGUUGUGAUUGUUGGUUCUGGAUGUGGAGGAGGUGUUGCAGCUGGAAUCCUUGCAAAAUCAGGUCACAAAGUAGUUGUGCUCGAAAAAGGUCAUUACUUUGUGCCAGAAGAUUAUUCUGGUCUUGAAGGCCCUUCUUUGAAUGAACUGUAUGAGUCAGGUGCAAUGCUUAGUACUCUUGAUGGAAAGGUAAUGAUUAUGGCUGGAAAAACAGUUGGCGGUGGAUCUGCCAUAAACUGGUCUGCUUCUAUUACAACUCCAAAUGAUGUUCUCAAAAACUGGUCUGUCAAUCACAAGAUUUCAUGGUUUGGAACUUGUGAAUAUCAAACGGCAAUGGAUGCAGUAUGCAAACGGAUUGGUGUGACAGAGAAUUGUUCUGAGGAAGGACUUCAGAAUCAAGUAAUCCGAAAAGGGUGUGAAAAUCUUGGUUUGAAUGUGGAGAGAAUACCAAGAAAUUCUUCAGAGAAUCAUUAUUGUGGUUCUUGUGGUUAUGGUUGUAAAACAGGAGACAAGAAAGGGACUGAUUCCACUUGGCUUGUUGAUGCUGUUAAUGCAGGCGCCGUUAUCUUGACUGGAUGUACUGCAGAAAGGUUCAUACUGGAAGAUGGCAUGGAUGGCAAGAUGAGAAAAACAUGUCUUGGAGUAAUUGCUACGACUGAAAGCAAGAAGCUCACUAAGAAGUUGCAUAUUGAAGCUCGCACCACGAUUUCUUCCUGUGGAUCUCUCUGCACACCUCCCUUACUGAUUUCCAGUGGACUGCAGAACAAGAACAUUGGGACAAAUCUCCAUCUCCACCCUGUUCUUUUGGCAUGGGGAUACUUCCCUGAAUCCAUGUCUGAAGUUAAUGGCAAAAGUUAUGAGGGAGGAAUAAUGACAUCCCUUCAUAAGAUGGUGCCUGAAGAAACCAAUGCACGGGCCAUAAUAGAAGCUACAGCUCUGGGGCCUGCUUGUUUUGCCUCCUUGUUUCCAUGGACGUCUGGGCAGAAUAUGAAGGAGAGGAUGACAAAGUACUCGCAAACAGUCACUCUAUUAGCAUUGGUAAGAGAUCAAGGUUCAGGAGAAGUAAAGAAGGCAGGGAGGAUUAAAUACAAAUUGGAUGGAAUUGAUAAAGAGAAUCUCAAAGCUGGUGUAAGAAGGGCAUUGAGGAUACUGAUUGCAGCAGGAGCUGUUGAAGUCGGAACAUAUCGAAGCGAUGGACAUAAAAUCAGUUGUAAAGAGAUCACGAAUGAAGAGUUAGAAGAGUUUCUGGAUACAGUGGAAACUCCUGGAGGACCAAAGUCUAAAGGUGAACACUGGACAAUUUAUGGGUCUGCACAUCAAAUGGGAAGCUGUCGGAUGGGGUCGAACGAGGAAGAUGGGGCAGUGGAUGAAAAUGGAGAAUGUUGGGAGGCAAAAGGUUUAUAUGUAUGCGAUGCAAGUAUUCUUCCUACUGCAGUUAGUGUCAAUCCCAUGAUCACCAUACAGUCCACUGCUUACUGCAUUGCCAAGAGAAUAGCAGACUCGUUGCAUAACGAAAAACUAAUUUCAGACGUAUGCAAAUGAAAAAAACCCUAUAAGUCUGUAACCUUAUAACGAAAUAAAAGUCACCGUUCCUGUUUCAACGAAUACAUGUAGAAAAGAAAACGACAGAACUAUUUGUCUAUAUACUAUUUUCUUUCAA